UUUUUUAGUGUUAAACAGAGGUUUUUUUGUACCAACGGUUACACUAAAUUGACUUUGUUUUUGUUCCGACAUGGCAAAGUUUUUGGGCAUCAACCGCCUGACCAAGCUGUUCCAGAUCGUCCGGGAAGCCGGCGGACUGAAGCAGGCGUACCUGAAGCUAUAUAGGAACGACGAUCUGAAAAUCGGAACCUUGGUCGGCAUUGACAAGUACGGCAACAAGUACUUCGAGAAUCCGUAUUACUUCUACGGCCGUAAUCGCUGGAUCGAGUUUGCCCCCCAUGUCAACAUGGAUUACGAUGGAUCCAUGAUUCCCGCCGAGUGGUACGGCUGGAUGCACUAUAAGACCGAUCUGCCUCCGAUCCGCGAUGGUUGCCGUCCCAAACACAAGUGGAUUGCGGACCACAGCGAGAAUCUUUCCGGCACGAAGGAGGCUUACUACCCCUACACUACAACACCCAAUAAAGUAGAGGCCUGGGAUCCCAAGGCGAAGAAACAAUAGAGUGAAUAGCUAUAGUUUAAAAUUUAAAUUCAAAUGCAAAUGGCUGCGAUUAAAAAGAGCACCCAUAAGUGUUAAUAAAACCAAUUUCGUUAACUUGGCAUUCGAA